AUGCUACAAAACGACUCCCAUUCUUCUUCCACAUCUCCAUUGACAGUUCAUUCAAAGCAUGCAUUAAAUCAACACACAAAAGACAAAGACUACGACACAUCCGAAUCUGCUCGCCGUUCUCUAGAAGAACAGUUGAAUGAGAUGCUCCAAGUCUUGUUCGAAUUGAGCGUGGUUGUUUAUGAUUUCCAACCUGAAGGCAAUAAACUUGUGUGGGAUAAAAUUAAUGCCAUUACAGAUCACUAUCAGAAAAUGGAUGAACUCAAGGAUGGACUCGAGGCAUUUGUACCAGAGGAAGUUAUAAACUAUGUAGAAAAUGGAAAGAAUCCAGAUAUCUUCACCCAGACCUUUGUAGAAAGAGCUGCAAGUGAGAAUCAAUUUACGAAUGGCAAGAUCAAGGCAGUGGAUAGCUUCCGGAAUAUUCUGUCAAAUGAAUUCCUAAAAUCCUUUCCCGAACUGUCUGAACAAGAAUAUGACUUUGAUGCUCUGAUGCAACACAACCAACCCAAUUCUACACAGUAACAUUCUUUUUUUUUUUUGCAAACAUUGAUAAUGAUAAUUAGCAUACAAAAUAUUAAUACUAUCGUUAUUCUUAUUUUGCUAAUCAUGGUAGAGAGUAGUCGGUAGUUACCAACAGUAGCGCACCUCUCCCAUUAUUUUCAUACGCUUUUUUUCAUAUAUAUAUUUCUGUACAGAGUUGACCUGUAAUUUUUGCUUCAUAUACGAUCUGCUUUAAAAAUGUACACCUUUUUUUUUGGCUUUU